AUGGGAGGAUGGACCUUCGUUGGCUCCCGUCUGCGCCUGGAACGUGAAACCAACGCUGUCUCCAGGCUGGGAAGCAGCCUUCGCGACUCCAGCAUCUGCGUCCCCGACGCAAGGAUCCUCUGGAUACAGACCACAAAGGAAGGGAAGGCAAGGUCCCGAUGCAACAGGGAUGAGGUCCUGGCGCCGCGGCGACAGCUGGGCUGCAGGAGCCAUGAAACGGACCGCACCAUGUCGACAGCGGCGACGACAUCGAGGCCUGUGGAGCUCGGGGAGGCUCUCAAGGGCCUCAAGAGGAGACACUCCGGGACGCAGCCGUCAAGUGCCACAUACUUGAGACGAACGACAAGAGACACCAAGCUGUUGUCGAAAUGUGGCCAAUGCCAGUCGACCGGGGACGCAAGGUGA